CACAAACUCGUCGUCCCCUCUUAUCUCUCGUUCUUCCUCGUCGCCCAUUUAAAAAAAAAGCCAUGGUUGCUGCCGUUGACAUUCGCCCUGCCACACCCAACGACAUUCCUCUCAUUCUUCAGUUUAUCAAGGACUUGGCCCUGUACGAAAAGGCACCUGAAGCUGUCGUUGCUACAGAAGAACUCUUGCGCAAGAACUUGUUUGGCGAGCGCCCCUAUGCCGAAGUGAUCCUGGCGUAUGUCGAGGACAAGGCUGCUGGUUUUGCGUUGUUUUUCCACAACUUUAGCACCUGGACAGGUCGACCAGGUUUGUACUUGGAAGAUUUGUUCGUGCGCCCUGAAUUCCGAGGCCUCGGCAUCGGCAAGAAGCUGUUGAUUCAGCUUGCUCAUAUUGCCAAGGAACGCGAAUGCGGUAGAUACGAAUGGGUUGUCUUGGAUUGGAACGAGCCAUCAAGAAAGUUCUAUGAGGCAAUGGGUGCAAAGCCUCAAAAAGAAUGGAUCAUUUAUAGAGCCGAGGGCAAGUCUUUGGAUGAUCUUGCUUCCAUGUAAAAUUAAUGGAUGUUCAUUUUGUAUAUGUAAUUUAAGUUUAAGAAUAAAUUUACUACUUAGUAGCUAGAAUGCCCG